AGAUCAUUGUUGCUUUUCGCCCUAACCCCUAAUAGCAUUUUAACGAUAUUGCAAACUAUAUUCUUUCUCUCAAUCCCAAGCUUCAAAAUUUUCCUGUGUACUUUAUCCUCAAAGGCAUCUUUAAAAAAAAACUUUUUUAUGUAGUGACACCUUAGAAACAACUCGAAUUAAUUUUAUUACCUAAGACAUUGAAUUAAGUCACCACACGGAUGAUCGAUGGAGCACGACAAUUGUACACUUGUGCAGUAUCUCUCAACGGAAAUCCCAUUUUAGACAAGCAUCGCUUCAAUGCAUUCUUCAAGCUUCUCUGCAUCAAAGCGCUUUGUCUUGAUAUUCUGUUCCAUUUGGUGAGCUAAAUCAAGAAGCAGGUCCAGCUGAACAUGAAUUGCCAGGGUAGACUUUUCGGACCCUCAUAAACAAGAUCAAAUAACCAUCCUUAAAAUCAAGAUCUAUCAAAACUAAGAACACCUCGCGAUGUCCAGUUCAAAGGCCGGUUACGAUGUGAGUCCUCCUCUGGACAAGAAGACAAUGAGUGAGGCCGAAAAAGGCCAAAGUGACGAUCCAAGCAAAAUUGAACCUCCCAGACGUGUGCCUUGUCCUUGGUGUCCGGAUGUGGAUUGCGGCACGGCCAAAUGGGCCAUUCUCCGAUUUGUAGGCCUUUGCAUGGUGGCCUUGCUCAUCUUGUGCUUUGCUUAUGUCUUGAAAAGCACGAAUUCGGGUUCGGAGAAACAAAAUCUUGAGGAUGUGUAUGCUGUGGGUGAUCCCAUUUAUGCACGUGAUCUCUGGCUAGUGAUUGAACUUCCAAGUGAUGAACGCGGACGAAGGACUCAUUUGGGUAAAAAAAUGGCCCGACAUGUGUGCAGUGCUAUUCGAGCGGGCCAGGCUGUGGGUUGGACCCCUUUGGUGGUUGGAGGACGCUCCACGUGCUGCAGGUCCGCUUUUUGUUGGCAUCUCCAUCCUCUUGAUAUUGCUAAGAUGAACCACACGUCUUCCAUGCACUUUAUGGACAGUAACCAUGAUAUUCAAUCGGCUCUGAGAACCGCCGCAUUCCUGGCGGCCAUUAAAAGAGGAGCCCAUUUUAUAUACCAUGCUAAUCCAGAGGUUUACGUUCGAGCCAAGCUCAAACCAUCCGAAUAUAGAGAGGAAUUGGAAUAUCAGCUCCGAAAAAUGACCCUUGGUAUCUCAGUGGGGCUGGUCAAGGACAACCCUUCCGCCAAGUACACCUUCGAUCCUUACGGGCAUUUCGGACCAGACCAGGCGAACAAGCGUUUAAAACGCGAAAUGGACGAGCAAUCCACCGAACCCGCCGAAGACUACAUCAUUCACAAGUACAAGAUCUGUGAAAUUACCCCGCCCUCUUUGGAAAAGUUUUUGGACACUGAUGGAUAUUCAUUGGAUACUGCAGCUCCUGCCAUUACUCUGCCAGGAGAAAUAUCUUCACCCUUUGAUUCUCGGAAUACUCUGUUUGGUCGUGAUGCCUUUUGGUCGUUACUCUUGCUGCCUUUGGAGGAACAAGAGGGGGCUCCAUCAAGGGAUAACUAUGUAAUCCGUUCCAUUUUGGGUCAAACUGUUUUGGCCGAAGUGGCUGGUAGUACAAAAUUUUCCAUGGCCCGCACUGCAUUAAGCUCAAAUGUCAAAGAACUCUCCCAAUUUGGUCCCCGAGUUCAUCAGUUCUUGGAUUUUGUCAAUGGUUGGAGUUGUCCCUCGAGCACAGCGCUGUAUUGUCUCAACGCUUUAAUUAGUGAUCUUGUUGCCAACAAUAUUCUUGAAGAAGAGGCCGCAGACGUUGCUGACAUGUGGGUCAAAGAUUUGCUCCACGUGCGAUAUAAAGACAUUCCCCGGAGACGAUCAAGCAAUGGAUACACUCAUACUCCUUGUAUCGGAGAUGAUGCCUUAUUCAAUGUGUACUUCCAUCCAGCUAUUCAAUAUCAGGCUCCAAGGAGUCCCAAGGCAUUAACCCUGACGGAGGAAGAGGGAAGAUCCCUGUCUACGACACAAUUGAAUCGCCAAGUCACCAACCAAGUGGUCCAGCGUCUUUGCCCGACUGUCAGUGUGGAGUCUGCUUUUAAAGAGUGCGCCAAAUGCAACAGACAUGAGAAUAUCUUAUUGAUUGUUACCUUCAACAAGAAGGAUUAUAGCAAUAUUCCGCUCUUUGAAGUCAUGUAUCGUCAUCACUUCCAAAACAUUCUCUAUUGUGGACCACCGGACGAGAAGGUCGACAAGUACAUGGAGCAAUAUAAUGGGAUUCAGGGCACGUAUUUCUCGUUCCUUCCUGCCCAUUCCAAAACUGGCUACGAGUGCCUUUUAGGAGCCAUUGAGAUGGGUUUUAAUGUUGAUGGCUAUAUGGUAGCCGCUCAUGACACCCUUAUCAACUCCUGGAACUUUGGAAAUCUGGACUCGUCCUCCAUUUGGCAUGGGAACGAUCAUGUUCAAGACAUCCUCCCUGACAAUAUUGAAGAGAUUGAUCCCGAAGGCGGCAAGGUCAUGAAGAGCACCACCGGGAUCCUAAGGGCCUUGGAGUUCCUCGAGGAUGUCCUUCUGAAGAGCCCUCCUGUGGCAAGAAUGAAGGAGCACAUGGAUGAGGAUAGACGUCGGCGGAGGUACAAGCGUGACACCUUGGAGGACACCACAAUUGUACCAGAAACACUGGACUCAGACUAUACAGGCGACGAAGAAAUGGAAAUGGAUAUGCACAUUGCCGAGAUGGAGGAGCAAGGCAUGGAUACUGAUGCGAUCAAUGAUCAAUUGGACACCAUGAGCCUCAUUGAAUCUGAGAAUGACACUGAAGCUCUGGGCAGUUCGGGGGCAAGCAAGAACUGGCAUAUCUCGCUUUUCGGAGAGAUCAUCCAAGAUACCGAAGAUGAGCUUCUUUUGCAAGUCUUGGCCGACGACACGGAGAGACUUUUGGAAUCCCUGAACGACACCACAGCCUCAUCAAAGUUGUACCGAAAUGUGACAGAGUUGCUUUUCCAUCCUGCCAAUUUCGUCAAUGAAGAUCAGGAUGAGCAGGAAGACACAACCGAAUCCGUCGAGCCGGCCUCACCCUCUAAGAAUGAAACCAUCGAUCACUUCAACGACAUGAUGUUUGACAUCCACAAGGUCUACAAGAGCAUCAGCGAGAAGCUCAACUUCUGGCAAAGUCUCGUCAAGAGCGGAAAACGAAACGUGGCUUUGACCUCUGAUGAAGACGGCGGAAUGCUGAAGAAGGACUUGGAACAAUUCCAAUGUGACGUGGCCACCAACUCCGAAAUCUGUCACUUAGUUGCGGAUUUUUUUCAAGUCUUGGAAUCGAACGAGGGUGCUAAUUUCCGAUUGUUCUACGAUGACUUACCCAUCUACUAUGUUCCCUCCAAAUUCAAGGAUAAGCUGUACCUCAUGGCUAAUUUAUUCACCAAAUAUCAUGUGGCUGAUGAGAUGGCAUUCCCCCUUCUCCUUCGUGGUUUGACUGACAGCACCACUUGGACCAAUCUCAUCCGGGCUGAGAUGGUUAAUGCCACCUCAAGUCCCAGCAUUGACAGACCUGAGGAUCUUCUUUUGGGCAAUGCAGAACUGGAUUCAAGAACAGAACAGAUUCGGGAGUUGGAGGCUGCCCAUUACAUUUAUCCAACCAAUAUUGGUGAUAUCCUCACAAAUGACAACAUGAGAAAUGUGAUUUGUAGGAAUUUCUAAUUACAUCCAGAUUAAUAUAUAAAUACAUCAAUCAAUAAUUCUAUACGUAUUUGAGCACAAAUUCACGAGUUCCAGAGCCUUGUCAAAAUCCCUUUUCAAUCUACAUACGUGAAUGUAUAUGUAAUUAUGACAAUCCUUGGUGCCACACGUAUUAAAGAAAAUCAGCCUGUAUCUCUGUCAAAAUGUGCUCAACUAUUCCCCCUUGCCUACCCUCCUAUCUAAUUUCAUAGAGUAUACCAAUAAUUGCCCAAGAUCAGGAUCAUGUCCAUUCGAAAUACAGCCCUUAACCAAA